UUCACCUCGCACGGCUUCGGUGAGCACCAAUUUGCUACUCUGCAUUGAGAGAAAUCACGAGUCCCUUGGGGGUAUUGCGCCGCCACGUCUGCUCCCUCUCUGCUGUCUUUCUCUCUCUCGUAGACCCUCCCUGGGACCGUGUCCCACGUCUGCUCCCUCUCUGCUGUCUCUCUCUCUCGUAGACCCUCCCUGGGACCGUGUCCCACGUCUGCUCCCUCUCUGCUGUCUCUCUCUCUCUCUCUUGUAGACCCUCCCUGGGACCGUAUCCCACGUCUGCUCCCUCUCUGCUGUCUCUCUCUCUCGUAGACCCUCCCUGGGACCGUGCCCCACGUCUGCUCCCUCUCUGCUGUCUCUCUCUCUCUCUCUUGUAGACCCUCCCUGGGACCGUGUCCCACGUCUGCUCUGCUCGGGAGGCCGAGUCCCUGGGUCGCAGGAGUCCUCGCCAUGGAGUAGCGACACACGGCGCCUGCGCCCCCAGCAGCACCGCCCACGGACUCGGCGACGCUGGCGCAGGGACGCGGUUGAUGACUCAAGUGGCAGCGUGAAAUGCAAAGAGAGAGAGCGAGAGAGAGCGAGAGAGGGAGAGCAGAGGCGGAGCUGGUGGGAUCCAAAGCUGAAAACUCCAGCCCCGUGUCAGCUCGGGCAGACAGAGGCGGCGCUGGGACGGGACGUGAACAGGGGCGGGUGGCAGCUUAGCUCAGCAGCAGCAGGAAGCGCCGCCACUCGUUGUGACUGUUCACUCGGAGGCUGCCAGAGUCUGCGGGCGAGGAAGCGAGAGCGAGGAGCCGUCAAUGCGACGCAGCCGGCACGGCCACGCAGCCUCAACUCCCCCCCCCCCUCCCCGUGGCUCUCGCGUUCCGUGGUCCAGCAAAGUCGCGCGUCUCUCGCCGUGUAGGAGUCCCUCGUGCUGAUUUGGCGAUCGGAACCGGCUGAAGAUGAAGAGGCGCUUGGUGCUCCUGACCGUUGUGUUGGCGCUCACUUCUUCGGUCAUCUCGCACGCGGGAGGAUCGAGUAGGUGCCGUAUCACGGAGCCGUUCCCAGCGUGCGGGUUCGUGCAGGACAAGGACGAUGACUUUGACUGGGAGCAGCUGAGUGGCGCGGAGGCGUCGCGACCUGGACUGCAGCCUCCUGCAGGUUCAUACCUCAUGCUCGUCGACUCGUCCGGCCACGCCCCCGGGAGCCGUGCACGCCUGGCACUGCCGCCGCUCAUGGAGAACGACACGCACUGCAUCACGUUCAGCUUCCGUAUGGGCGGCGGUGACAGAAGAGGUGGGGACUCCGCUUCGUCGCCGUCAUCGAGUAAAGACGACGGGGACGGAGCAGCCGGUGAGCCAGGCGAGCCGCCCCAGCUGAGCGCGUACGUGCGCGUCAACAAUGAAGGCUUGGGCCACCCCGUGUGGAGUGCCGCCCGGGCCACCGCGGCGGCCAACCGCUGGGUGCGCACAGAACUCGCCGUCAGCGUCUUCUGGCCAAACACCUACCAGGUCGUGUUUGAGGCGGAGAUCUCCGAACAGAAGGCGUCGUACGUGGCCAUCGGAGAGGUCCACAUUCACGAGUACUCGUGCAACGAGGUCCCGCACUUCCUGCCGCUCAUGAGCAUCGUGGAGGUGAACGCCGGACAGAACGCCAGCGUGCAGUGCUCCCUCGCAGGCAAGAUGGAGGAGCCCGAGCAGAUCUGGCUGCAGAGGCAGCACGGCGAGGAUGUGCCGGUGCCGGUGAGUGUGGCACGCUCGCGGCGCUUCACUGCGACGUUCGCGCUGCGCACGGCGAGCGGAGACCCCGACGACCGCAUCCGCUGCGUCGCCAAGACGCGCGGGGGGUCGAGCGUCUCCAACCUCGUGCCCUUCCGUGUCAAAGAGCCGCCUAGCCCCGUGGCGCCGCCUCUGCUGGUGCGCGUGGCACCCACAACGCUGUGGAUCAACCUGAACGUGAAUUCCAUCCGUGGCGAGGGCCCCGUGCUCGCCAAGGAGGUGGUGUGGCGUGCCACCAAGGGCAACUGGACCGAGGUGUACCCCGUGGCGGCACCCGUCUUCAAGCUGUGGCACCUGGACCCAGACACGGAGUACGAGAUCCGGCUGCUGCUCACGCGGCCCGGGGAGGGCGGUACGGGGGCGCCGGGGCCUCCGCUCGUCACGCGCACGCGGUGUGCAGAUCCGAAGCACGGGCCACAGGGCGUGCGCGUCGUGGACCUGCGUUCGCGGGAGCUGACGCUGCAGUGGGAGCCCCUGGGCUACAACGUAACGCGCUGCCAGAGCUUCAACAUCACCGUGUGCUACCGCAGCUGGGCGGGCGCCGCCCCGCCGCAGCAGCAACCGCCGCAACAACCGCUGGCGGCCAACGGCGCCUCCGUCGGCGCCGGCGCUACCGCCGGCACGGCCAACGAGAGCAGCUUGCCGGAGGUGUGCCGCGAUGCCGGCAAGGCGGUGAGCGGCUUCGUGCUGUCGGGACUCCCGCCGCACCACAACCUGAGUCUGCAGGCCGUGUUGUACACGCCCGAGGGCCGCAAGGCAGGCGAGCGGAUCUACACGCAGACCGACGAGGACGUGCCGGGCCCUAUAUCUGCGGUGGCCAUCAGUGGCGUGGCCACGGAGGAGAGCAUUUCGCUGCAGUGGCGAGAGCCGGAGGAGCCAAACGGGGCCAUCACGCAGUACGAGGUGUCGUACAGCGCCUUGCACUCACGCGACCCAGACUACGUGCUGGAGAGCGGGAGCGAGGUCGUGCUCAAGCCGUGGAGUGAGACGCGCCACCUCUUCGGCGGCCUGCGCCCUGGCACCACCUACUCCUUCUCGCUGCGUGCCAGCACCACCAAGGGCUUCGGCCUCGAGACCAUGGUGCUGUUUACCACCAAGAUCUCCGCCCCACGACUACCGCAGUACGAGAGCGAUCCGCUGCUGGAGUACUCCGACACGACGGCCACCGUGAUGCUCAAGCCUGCACAAGGCCGGGGGGCACCCAUCAGCGUGUACCAGCUGGUGGUGCGUGAGGAGCCCCCCAAAAAGUCUCGACGAGCACCCGAGCACCCGGACUGCUUCCUGGAGCCCGUGUCGUUCCGCCAGGCGCGGGCGCGCCGCACCCCCUACUACGUGUCGGCAGAGCUGCUGCCCGAGAACCUGGCGGGCGGUCGGCGCUUCACCAUUGGCGACAACCACACCUACCGUGGCUACUGGAACGCGCCCCUCGCCUCCUCGAAGGUCUACGCCAUCUACUACCAGGCUCUGGCGCUGGGUGACGAGGAGUUGAAAAUAUCUUGUCUCAUGCUGGCAAAGAGAGGGGUGCACAAGCUUGAGGUGCCGAAUGCGGAGGACGUGCCCAACGCAGAGCUGCACAGCGACCACACGAUGCGCGUCGCGGGCGUUAUCGCCGGGAUCCUCGCCGUGCUCAUCCUUCUCAUGGGCGCCAUCCUCUACAUCAAGCGCCGGAGGAGCUCCCAUUCAUACUCCUAUUACUUGAAGCUGGCGAAGAAGCGCAAGGAGAACGUCGAGCGCAGCAAGCAGGAAAUGACGCAGAUGGUGGUGAACACGAUGGAGCGGAGCUUCCCCGAGCCGAGCCUCACGCUCAUGGACGAGCCGGUCUCCUUCCUGGACACGCACAACGUCACCAUGCAAUCGUUUUGCCCGUCUCCUACCAACACGGUGCAGACGCACGGCACCCUGUGCCGCACCGCGCAGCCAUACUUCAUUCAAGUUCACGAUGACUUGUUUGCAUCCAUUGAAGCCUUAGACGAGAACCAGGCCGGCUUCAAGGAUUCGGGGAUCCUGCUGUCGUCGCCGAGCCAGCCCCGUGGCACCGGCAGCGUUAGCGGCACGCUCUCCCGGAGCCCGGCCGCCCCCCUCCGCCCCCCGCUGAGCGAGAUCGAGCCAGGCGGCGGCGGCGGAGGCGGAGGAGGAAUCGGCGGCGGCGGCGGCGGCGGCGGCGUCGUCCCGUCGCUGCCCGACCGCACCCUCCCACGGGGGCCGCCUCUGCCGGGGCGCGAGCCCCCGCCCCCGUACCCGUCGCCCACGUACCCCGGCGGCGUGCCGGCACGCCCCGCGAUCCGCGUGGCCGACCUGCUGCAGCACAUCGGGCAGAUGAAGAGCACGGAGGGGUGCGGCUUCAAGGAGGAGUACGAGAGUUUCCUGGAUGGGCAGUCGGCGCCCUGGCAAGUGGCGAAGAAGGACGAGAACCGUGGCAGGAACCGCUACGGAAACAUCAUCGCCUACGACCACUCCAGGGUCGUGCUCGAGCCUCUGGAGGGGAAACCCGAGUCCGACUACAUUAACGGCAACUACGUAGACGGCUAUCAGAAGCAGAGGCAAUACAUCGCCACGCAAGGCCCCCUGCAGGAGACGGCAGUGGACUUUUGGAGGAUGGUGUGGCAGGAGAAGUCGUCCAGCAUCGUCAUGGUCACGAAUCUCGUGGAGGUUGGCAGGGUGAAGUGUUUCAAGUACUGGCCGGACGACACGCAGCUGCUCGGGGACAUCGCCGUGACGCUGCUGCACACGGAGCUGCUCGCGGAGUACGUCAUCCGUACGUUCUCCGUCAAGCGGAAGGGCUACUUUGACGCGCUCGAGGUGCGGCAGUUCCACUUCACGGGUUGGCCUGACCACGGCGUGCCGGCGUUCGCCACGGGCCUGCUGUCCUUUGUGCGACGCGUCAAGGCCUCCAACCCCCCCGAGGCCGGCCCCAUCAUCACACACUGCAGUGCGGGUGCGGGCCGCACAGGCUGCUACGUGGUCAUCGACGUCAUGCUGGAGAUGGCCGGGCGCGAGGGCGUCAUCGACGUCUACAACUGCGUCCGCGAGCUGCGGCUGCAGCGCGUCAACAUGGUGCAGACCGAGGAGCAGUACGUCUUCAUCCACGACGUGCUGCUCGAGGCCUGCCUGUGCGGCGACACGGCCAUCCCCGCCGCCAAUUUCCGCUCGGCCUACCUGGAGCUGACUCGCCUCGACCCGCAGACGCACUCCACCCCGCUCAAGGAGGAGUUCAUGACGCUGAACACCGUGACGCCGGCACUGCGAGCCGAGGACUGCAGCAUCGCCCUGCUGCCCCGGAACAGCAGCAAGAACCGCGUAAAGGAGGCGCUGCCCCCGGACCGCUGCUUGCCCUUCCUGCUCACGCUCGAGGGCGACAGCAGCAACUACAUCAACGCCGCACUGCUCGACAGCUACCAUCGUCCGUCGGCCUUCAUCGUGACCCAGCAUCCUCUGCCCAACACCGUCAAGGACUUUUGGAGGCUGGUCUUCGACUACCACUGCACGUCGGUCAUCAUGCUCAACGAGAUGCGACCGUCUGAGACAUGUCCACAGUACUGGCCCGAGGAGGGCUCGCUACAGUAUGGAGCGGUACACGUGGAGACCCUGUCGUGCUGUCGUGACGGAGACAUCAUCUCUCGCAUCUUCCGCAUCCACAACAUCUCCCGGCCCCAGGACGGCCACCGGGAAGUGCAGCACCUGCAGUACCUGGGCUGGCCGUCGCACCGCGACGCGCCCGCCUCGCCGCUCUCUUUCCUGCGCGUGGCGGGGCGCGUGCGGCGCUGGCACGCGGAGCUCGCCGAGGAAGAGGGCCGCACGCUCGUGCACUGCCUGAGCGGGGGCGGUCGCAGCGGCACGUACUGCGCCGUGAGCGUGCUCUGUGACAUGGUGAAGGGCCAGAGCGUCGUGGACGUGUUCACGGCCGUCAAGACGCUGCGCAACAACAAGCCCGACAUGGUGGAGACGCUGGAUCAGUACAGAUUCUGCUACUACGCUGCGGCAGAGUUCCUGGGGCAGUUCCCGUCGUAAAGAUCUCGACGUCGGCACGUGGCCCGCGGGACGGCGCCGCACGCACAGCGAACGCGGUGUUCCCACUCGCACAGCGGGCAAGACCAAACUACGCCGCUACUGGCGUCUGCAUCGUGCGUACAGCACAACCAUGAAGGACGUCAGUGUUGCGCCAUACGGUUGCGUAUGUUGCCCAACGCUAAUACUGUGCGCGUAUGCGUGUGUGUAUGUCGUGUGCGUGUGUCUUCCACGCACCUUCGGGAGGAUCAUGGGCAGUCACGAGGUCCAGGGUCCACCGUGAUGAUAGGAGGCCUUGUUCUGCCGAUGACCUGAGCUGAAGCCGAUCACUGCUCUGGCCAACGGUGAUCCGGGAAUCAGCUGAGUGCUAGGUCAAGGCUGGGGUCAUUUAAACGUCGAGGUGACGCAAGUCAACGUCGUUGGAAACGGCCUCGGUCAAUGUUGCCUGGCUCUAGUUUCCAGACACCCGGGGGGGUGUGGUAAGAUUUGGCGUAGAGCACACGGAACCGUGGUUUCCCUUGGCAGUUCACGGCUCCGCUUGUGAUUCCGGUUGCUUCCACACCGGGAGUGAAUGACAACGGAUGCCCUCGGCCGAGAGCGCUCAUCACUCAUCAUUGCGGGCACGGGAACACAGGGGGCAGUGGGGAUACCUGGCCCCCCACCUCAAUCAUCCUCAUGGCCCCCACCCCCUCCCUGGCUACUCAGCAUGGGCCCCACGUGGCUACUUGACACUCACCACCUGGCUGCCUGGUGGGGAGUGACGUGGCGUAGUGGUACCUUGUUAACAACAACAACAAGCUGCUUAAAAUGGAUGUCCGACGCCGCGUGGUGCGUGCGUGGUGCGUGCUAAACUGCAGUCGGCCCUUUUCUCUGCGCUGCCGGUUGAAGUUCCAUCGACGGCGACGUGACAGCCCAUGCUGAUCUUGUGCCACCGCAAUUCAUUUCACUUUCACUCGUGGCCCACUCGGUCUUGUAUAUAAAUAUUUAAAAUAUAGCGAGAGAGACGCGGAGAGCUGAGACUAAAAGUAAAAAAACUAUUUUUCAUCGCACAAGGAGCUUUUUAAAUGAAACUAUGAGGCCUGAAUGAGAUUGAGAAGGAGCCUGAUGGAUUCGAUCUGGUCGUAAUUAUUAUAAAUUGCACACACUGCCAGACAAUAUCUUAGUGGAUGCUUCACGUCCGCCAUGAAUCUCAGCUCUCCCUCCCCCCUCAGCCGCAACCGUCCCCUCCCCGCCCGCACUGCCACCACGAGCUUCUCCCUCGAUCUCCACAUCGUGCUCUUUCUCCGUGGGAGUGAGAUGGUGACUCGUGGGGUGAUUGGGUCCAUGGGUAACCCAACUCGUCUGGAAUGAAGCCCAUCGUGAAUUAAGUCUGCCAUUCCUUCGAAAGACUGGCCUCUGCCACGAUUACCUGGAAUUUUUCACGACCGGACCAGGAACGUCAACAGAGUUGAGCUCCGCCCUCGUGUGAGCGGCAAGCUGCUUCCUCGAUGAAGCCGCCCCUGGGAUCGCCCCGCGAUUUCCUGUGCCUACAGGGCCCUGAGAAUCCACGCUUGCUGUUAUACCGUAACGCGGAGUCGAGGGUAAACACGACCGGCUUCAGCGAGCGACGCGGCUAAGCGGUGGGUCGAUGAGGAAGGCUUGAUUGGCGUGAGGGUUGAGGUCACGGUCGGGCUGUCACUUGACAGCUUAUACGAUGAGCUGUGCUUUAGUUUUGUUGGCCGUGACAGCGAAGGGCAGACCUUCACUAGUUAAGCCAGGCCGUGUGUAUAAUAAAUCUGUCACUUGGAACAUUAGACCGAGAAGGUUGCGUUUUAAAAAUGUUCGGCCACUUUUUUAAAGCAGGAAUCUCGGACCAGUUCCAUUUGCGAAUGGUGCAGUAUUACAUUUAUUAUGUUCAUAUAUUAAAACGCAUAAAUUAGAAACGCAAACGGAGGAGUGCGCAACGCGAGGAGGCGUGCCCAGCAUGGGGCUCAGGAAUCUGCGCCACGAUCGGCGCCGAGAGCCCAGCGCCAGUCGCAGAUUGGCACCGUCUUUUUUAAUUAUACGUGCGCCCAUCUACAUCGGCGCAUUGACCGUGCGUAUGUAUUUUGAUUUAAAGCUUUCGUGAAUGCAGGGAUUCAUAUUCUUGGUUCUUUCGCUAAAGUGGUGAGAAUUUUAUUGUUUUAUAUUUUUAUUAUUUUAUUGUUUCCCUUCUACGUGACUUUACCGAAAGAACCAAGAAUACGUGCGUAUCUAUGUUGAACUUCUUUCGCACCGUACAUAACCAAACCGCGAUAAUUGGAGAUACAUUUCAUGGCCGAUGUAAAUGGUCAAUUACUGUCGGCAAAGAUCUUCAACAGAAUGGCCCGACACAGGAGGUGGCGCUUUGCACAGCGUCGGACAGGAAUGAGUGGCAAGGCUGAGCUACGUGCAGCCACGCACAGCACUUGCUGCACGGGCCUAAGCAUGGGCGACGGUGGCUUGGUGUUCGCAGCUCACAGCUGACCUUCUCGCACGCAGUACAAUCCGCUCGUCCAUCCCAGGCCGUUCCGCACGGUUUCGGUUGUCUGCUGACGGGACGAGAGUCGCUAUUGUCAUGCACGUUGUCCCGGUUCUGCUGCGAAGAUCUCGUGUUUUCAGGUCGUGCCGCGUGUUGUUCGGCACGAUGCCCGACGUUUCGCUCCACGUGCUGGAAGCUCAUUUUAUUCAGUUCGGUUCACUUCCUAAAUAAGCUUCCAGCACAUGGAUCGAAACGUCGGACAUGAUGCCGAACAAUACGGGGAACCACCCGAAAACCACAUCGGAGAGCUGCGAUGCUGAGUCUCCGGCUUGGGAACCAAAAGCGUCCUCGAUAGCGGGACCCCACGUACAGUGGCAGCAGCGGCAGCAGCGCUGUGGCUCCGGCAUGGGGAAGUAAGCGAUGCGAGGCAUUGUGGCAUCAACGGUAUUGGCCGUGAUGACCUCUUGACCUGAAAUCAGCUCAAAGAGUGAUCACUCUCCCAAGUGUAUCCCUCAGACAAAAUGCUCCCAUCAGAUCAUGAGUUCGUUUUGGUAGACGCGACAUUCCUUAAGCUAUCACGAAGGCAGCGUGUGUCAGACGGACACAGUCUGCAGUGUAAUUCCCAAGUGCGAGUCUUGCUGUGUUGCAUUGGGAGGCUUGCUGCACGGUGAUGGCGUGGGGAGAGUUGUAGCUGUUUACAUCUAAUUCUCGCAUGUGGCUUUCGCCGUUGCUUGGCGCAGGGUGAUCGGCAGUUGUGAACGUUGCCACGGGUCUUCGGCAUCCAGUUUAUCGUCAGACGACGCACGUGAUUCGGCUGAGAACUGCGCCGCAGUAAUUACGGGGAAUCGAGCCGUCGACCCCAAGCGAAGCGGAUAAUUCUGCCAUUCAAACUUGACAGAGGCCCCAGGAGCACAGUUCCCUGCCGGCCUCUCCAGCCCGAGGAAAGAAAGCACAGGGGCUGGAGGUGACGAAGAGCAGGGACCAAAGCAGCUCCAGCGGCCACCAGGAACACGGCAUUGGUUCGAUUGAAGUGAACGGGGGGGGGACACAAGAGGGGCACCCCCCAAGACGGGGACGAGACUGAGAGCAAACCUCAGGGUUAUGCGUCGGCCGUGCCAACGAGGCUGUGUCUGGCAGAGAGAAGGAAGCGAUGGCGACGUGUGGUGGCGUAGGUGGCAUUGGUAUCAACGACGACCCCUUUAACUAGAACCUCGGCGACUCCCCAGCAAUCCCACGAAGUUACCUCUGAAUGGGGGUCCACUGGGGUCCACUGGGGUCCACUGGGGGUCUGCUGUUAAUUAGGGUGCACGAGCCCCCCCCCCCCCGACGACUUAGGAAUUGGAAGGGCAGCUGCCGGGGUAUACGAGGAAUGUACCAAAAGUAUUCAUCAGUCUCUCUGAAUUCGCAGAAUAGCACCCAUCCACACAUACCGUCCACACACACGCCUCACAGCAUACCACCCAUCCACUCACACCUCUCGUGUUAUUAUAAUGAUCUGUUUACAGUAUCCCCAAUGCAACUGUUAUUUUCUGCCACAAAUUGAAAAUACCAUACCUUGGCAUUUCAUCAUCACCACUACUCUAAAUUUGCACCUCAUGAUCAUGAACCUCAUGAUCAUCGUUGGUAAUAAUAAUAAUUAUGCCAUUGUCUACCCGGGAAAGACUCACUGAGCCUCAAGACUUUUUAGGAGGGUCCUGCGUCGGAAAAUGUGGCUAAUUCCAUAAAUGAGUGUUUGGCCCGAAGAAAAGCCACCACACAUACGAGGGGGUAACACUCAAAGCUCCGCACAGAUGGAAUCAAGAAUCCAAUGCUUACUGCUGCAACUGGGACUUUUGGCCAGUUCGAUGUUUUGCAUUCCCAUCAUGCACGCACUUUGUUCUUUUUUCCAGAGUAAGUGGCCAAACAUAUAAAUGCAGAAUAAUCCUAAAGGAGACUUUUGACACAAAGCGAGACUUGAAAUUAAACAUUAAAAUAGCACGGGCGUUAUGUUAUAAUUUCCUUCGCAACAUGAUGAGCAAUCUGCGUGAGUUAAAUACGCCAAUUCCAUCUCGCGUGAGGUAAAGACGCGUGGACAGCUUUGCGGCAUUCGCUCCCCCUGCAAGCGGAGCCGCCCGCUACGGAGGCUGCAACUAGACCGUGGGCGAUGGCAUCUCAACUGCGGAUUUCAAGGAGUGAUCUGGGACGGCCACCGGCGCUCUGUCGUCCCCGGCCUGGCUGAAGCGAGGCGACCAGGUUUUAUAGAAUUCGUCAAUUUGGUGAGCGAUUGUGGAUUUCGAGCGAGCGGACGACGUUCCUUCUUUUGCGAAAUCCCGUGAGGCAUACGCCGGUCUGACGCUGCACGCGAAUACGGCUCCGGUCGCCACGGGUACACUGAACGCAUCGCAGCCCUGCGAGGGAAGCGUCAGCCAAACCGAGUUGUUUUUGUUUAUAAUAAAGGUUUUUGGGUUAACCCAAAAACCUUUAUUAUGAAUAAUAUUGGUCGCGAAAGCCUACGUGUUAAAUUGUGUUUGUUUCUCAACCCCAAUGUCUGCUCACUUUCACACCCCGCUCCUCUUCGCUGACGACGCUCUGUCCUCGGCUAGAACCCUGCAGCUGCUGCACGGAAGACACUCGGCGAUCGAAACGUCGUAGUUUAUUGUUUAUUGUUUUUUUAAUUAAUUUGAACCUAUCUACGUGACUUUACCGAAAGACCCAAAGAGUAUGACUUCCUGCAGUCACGAAAGCUUUAAGUCAAGAUUGAAUUUUCAGUCACUUUAACCAAGUCGUGUGCAAGUGAACAGAUAUGAGUUGAGGGUAACAAACGUGUUGGGCAUUUGUCAAUUCCACCACCUCGUAGACCCCCUGACCAUAACAAGAGUUCGCAAACAACAGUGGUGACUAUUAAGGCUUUAGUUGCACGAUGUGAGUGGGCGUGAGUGUGCCUUCAGUCACGUCUCAAUCCUGGCUUCAUUCCGUUGCACGUGUGACACGAGUAAAGUUCGUGUUGUUGUUGCAGUCGUGUUAUGAUUGCUUUGAGCAUAUAUUGUGUCGAUAACGGCGGUCAGCGAUGUUGUUUUGUGCGUAGUGGUUUAUACGACCGCCGUGUACAUAGCGGGCUCUGUACAGCAACGCAGCACGCGUAACGCACUCGCGAAACAAAACGCCAACACGUAUACAACACGCACAUGCAGUCGUACAAAACCGUCAUGCACUGUCUCGGAAAAUUGUGGGCAAUGUAGGGUAAAUAAAUAAAUAAAGCUUAAAGUCUGCUUCAAUCACUUUAAAAAUAAUGUUCAUGUCAAUCACGAAUAAUAUUAGGCGGAGUGGCAGCCAAGAAAUGGGAUGUGUCCUCGAGGACGUCCACGGCAGAGAUGGGGCGAUGAGAUCGGGCCACGUGCACGCGCUGGGGGCAUUGUUACACCACGGGGUCGAGGGAGGUGGUGGGGGGCGUCGGGAGACCUUCAUCAAGCAGUGGAUUUCCCUCGACUGAUUAUGUAAAUACCUGCAGCUGUAGAGGCUUCCUGCUCAGCAACUCGUGUCCCACUAACGCAUGAAGUGGUAAAAGCAAAACAGUCAUUGUUGGCUUAAUGUGCUUUUAGGAGAGACUGAAUCCCUGAAAUUUGUUGCAAAUGUUGAAAAUAUAUAAUUUCGCAGCAGUCAUACGCGCCCGAGCAGUGUGCCGCAAUGGAUAUGGCGCAUGACAGUGUUUUACAAGCAAAGUCUGGAAGAAGUUGUGAUUUUCCGAGUGUUAUCAGCAGGGUGUAGACUGCUUUACAAACGCUGCUGGGCUGCCUCGUGUUGUAGGCAAGAGCUCUCCACGGACACCAUGGAGCCAUUCAUUGCAGUCCAGCAACAAUGUCGAUCCAGAAGGACAAUAUGCUGAAUAGCAUCAGUGUCAGUCAUGAUCUCUCCACUGCUGGUUGAAGGUCUCCCCAAGCCGCAAACAUCUGUCAUGGUCUUGCGAAGCAACAAUUGAUGUUGCGCCUGCACAAGCCAAUUUGAUCGCUCCAUCUCCACAUUAUACGUACUCUGGGGGGAGGGGGGAGUGUUUUAAUUGCACUGAAAGGUUUAUGGAUUCAAAUUGUACUUUGGCAGUAGAACAGACUUUGAGUUUGUCUUUUGUUUUAUCACAUUGUGUUAGUUUUUUUUGUUCGCAACCAGCUUUCUGUUUAGGGUUAAGAAGUAGACGGAAAGUGAUGGUUGCAUCGUUAGGUCCGAAGCUUUUCGUGACUUUUGUAUUCGUAGCUGUGAACGAGUUUAAAGGAAAGGAGGAGGCGGAGUUGCGAUGCGACACUGUGACGGAGAGAAGUGUUUGUUCUUUGGCCACAUGGAUUCCAUUUUGAACCAAUCUCCCGGAUUACUUAUUCACUUAUUAACCCAAACCCCCAUGUCGCCCCCUGACCUCAGCCCAAUGCCUCGCCCAUAGUCCCAGCUCCAACCCAAGCCUUGGCUCGUCUCACCCUGUCGAUAACCCGAGUCCGAGCCCAGGACCUCACCGUAGCCCAAUCUAUAAUGGCCACCUUCAUCCUAAACCAAUCCCUAACCCUCGCCUUGACAACAACCUUCUCAUGAAUCCUAUAAUCUCAUUAACUCAAUCGUCUCAUUAACCCUAUAGGCUUAUGCCUCUGACCCUACCCUCUGUGCUCCGACCACAAUCCCUAAUGCCGACUCCUUGACCUAACUCUUAACCUGAAUACUUCAUUUUACCCUAAACCCUCUCGUGAUGAAGGGUAUUGGACUAUGUAGUGAAGACCACUUAGUGAAGAGCCAACAGUGGUCAUCCUAUGGAAAGACUAUGUCCUGUCAUGGGAAUGUGGAAUCUCCACCAUUGGCUCAGUAGAACGUCGUAUAUUUGACUCACACAGACAUUUUUUCGGAUAUGCAAACGUCUGAUUUGUGAACAUCUCCAGCAAGAUGACAGACCGUGCACAAGUACUAUUGCACUGGGCACGGACCGUUAUUGUACAGGGCGGAUACGCGACGUCGCCCUGUUCGCCAGUGUGAGCCGGCAGACGUUGUGGUGCCAUGGGCUGGCACGGGUCGCAGCAGCGCCGUGCCUCACAUGCCAAAGAGACAUUGCUCACCGCCCUGCAACUCGAUUGUCCACCAAGCUUCCUGCUGUCAUCAUUCUCCACUGUAGUGCCAAACUGUGUUACCUAUUUAUUUGUGACAUUAAAACCAAACGUACAUUUGUUUACAUCUGUGUGUGUGUGUGUGGGCCAUCGUUGAGAACGCUGCUACAUGCUCAACCGUGACAUGCGCCGUACAUGGACAGAAAUAUUUUCAGUUCAGUUUCGAGAGAGACGGGGAGAGAGAGACAGGGAGAGAGAGCUGUGCGUGGGCCCGGCUGGUAAGCAGGCAGCGCGCCAUUCCAAAUCCGAAGAGAAACAUUUCGUUGCCUGAACAAAAAAACUUGGCCAGGUCCCUAGGCACUCCGUCGCCUCGCCAAACAAUCCGAAUUGAAUAAUAAAUUUGGCUGUGAAACCUACGCGUUGAAAAACGUCGUGAAUAUGUACAGCACACUUGAACAACAAAUUGAUCAAACAUCCGCAUAGUAUCCUCCGGUUAAAGAACGUCAUGAGGCUAAAUAAGACUUUCUCGACGAAUAAAUUACAUCAAUAUUAUUUGACUGUGAUAUCCCGUUCAUUAUUACAACUGGUAACAUCAUCCGAACCCAACAGCUGAUUUUACCACUGGCAGUGACGCUUGUGCCAGGCUAGGUCCACUUUGAGGCCACGUGAACGGUGGAGGCUCGCAGGAUAGACCCAAAUGUUGUGCGUUAACUGCCCCACGUGUUGCACUACCACCGCCUGGGCUCCCAUCUUUAGAAACUCAUUAGUACAGAUGUCUGCCUCACUGCCACGUGGACACGCCGACUCGUACCGCGUGCACUUCAUUGUUUAUUGAGAGAUUCGGUGACGCUGCGGGCACAGGACGCGUGAGGCGGCAAAGCCUGACGGGACCACCACACAUUGCGGAGUCGCACGUGAGCCAGCCAAACCCUAGCGCCAGCCAUGAGCUGCGAGUCACCCACGAGAAGGAGCUCCACACCUACCCCAGCCCAACUAAUCAGCCCGAUCCUUGACCACAGCUGGUGAGUCAAGCCAACAUGAGUGGAGCUCUGCUCUUCCUCACCCGAGCCAACAGAUCCCACUGACCCAAACCCCGACGUCCUCGCCCAGCGCCGUUGAAAUGUUUGGUCCAUUCUAUAAAUGUUUGGUUCAAUCUGUAAAUGUUUGGUGGUUCUCCGCUCCCAGUCCGUGUUCGCUGCCGGGUUCGCCAUCCGGCGAGUGGAGUUUGUCGGCCACGCUGCGCGUCAGGCCACAGAUCACGGAGCGUGAAGCAUCCUUUGUGCGGAGCGCCGCGUCUCGGCGCUCGAUUCGGAUCCGCGUCUCCCUCGCGAUGCCGCGAAUCCGUCUCCAUUGCCGGGCGCCCGGGGGCCCCGAGCGCCGCGCUUCUCCCUCGGGCGCGACGCGCGAGGAGCGCGGGCGGCGCUUGGGGGCCGCGGCGCUGCCGAGGGCUCCCGGGGCUCGCUUGGCCUCCUGCCGGGGGCCACUUUGGGGAACGACGGCCCCGGCGCAGAUGAUGAUUUUUAUUUUGUGACUAUUGCCUACGCCAAACGCUAUCGAGAAAACAAUAAUUUGAUAUUGUGACUGUAAACACUGCGCAUGGUUUAUAUAAAAACAAAUUUGAGGUGA